AUGGCGGCGGAGCUGCAUCCGCGCAGCGGGAAGCUCAUCGGUCUGUCCAACUCCAACCGGACCGCGCAGCGAAACCAGCCCGUGCAGGAGUUUAACCACGGCCUGGUGCUCAGCCGGGAGCCACUGCGCGACCGGGACGUCUUCACAGUUCGGAUUGACAAGAAGGUGAACUCGUGGAGUGGCUCCAUAGAGAUUGGAGUGACUGCGCUGGACCCGGCUGCACUGGAUUUCCCCAGCAGCGCCACAGGGUUGAAAGGUGGGUCCUGGAUCGUGUCAGGCUGUUCUGUACUGAAGGACGGGCGCUCAGUGCUGGAGGAGUACGGACGUGACCUGGACCAGCUGGGGGAGGGUGACCGUGUAGGGAUCCAGCGCAACGGGCGGGGGGAGCUGCAUCUGUGGGUCAACGGGCAGGACUGUGGCACGGCCGCCAGCGGCCUCCCUUCCCGCCUGUGGGCGGUUGUGGACCUCUACGGGAAGUGUACUCAGGUCACUGUGGUCAGCUGUGAGCCCCCGCCAGACACAGAAGAACAGGAGGAAGACGAAGAGGAACGGGAGGAGGAGGUGGAAUCGCCAUCUCCAGCUGCUCUGACGACGGAGGCGUGCCGGGACCAUGAGGACCGGACUGGGGCUCUGGUGCUGCCCGCUGUUCCUGCUUUAGCCACAGUGAUGAACGGGUCAGCGGAGGAAGUGCCUGAAGUCACAAGGGGACACAGCCGGCCGGACAAGUUCCCAAACAACUUUGAGCCGGAUACUGUCCUUACAGAGCACCAGUUAUUUGAUGUGUUCAACAAUGCCAUUGUCUCACUGUACCGCUCAGAAGAUGAGGGUGGAGAAGAUUUGGGGCUAGGUGGAGGAGGUUCAGACUCCUCCAGAGCAGGUGCAGGAAGUAACAAUGGAGCCAGAGGAGGAGGAGGAAAUGACAAUGGGAAUGGAGGCGGCGCUGAAGGUGGAGGCAGCACUAAUAACAGUCCAUCAGGAAGUGCAGGGGGCACAGCAGGGAUGGCAGUGGGCACUGGUGGCAUGACCACCAAUGACGCACUGCUCUUCCAUGAGAAAUGUGGCACUUUAAUUAAACUGAGCAACAACAACAAGACAGCCGAGAGAAGGAGGCCACUGGACGAGUUCAAUAACGGAGUGGUCAUGACCAACCGCCCACUCAGGCACAAUGAGAUGUUUGAGAUUCGUAUUGACAAACUGGUGGAUAAAUGGUCAGGAUCCAUUGAGAUUGGAGUGACAACCCACAACCCUAACAAUCUGGACUACCCAGCCACAAUGACCAACUUGCGCUCUGGUACGAUUAUGAUGAGCGGCUGUGGGAUUUUGACCAAUGGGAAGGGGACACGUAGGGAGUACUGUGAAUUCAGCCUGGAUGAGCUUCAGGAGGGGGAUCAUAUAGGGCUAAUGAGGAAAGCCAGUGGAGCGUUACACUUCUACAUCAAUGGCAUAGACCAAGGUGUGGCUGCUAACCAGACCCCAGGUGUGGUAUAUGGGGUGGUGGACCUUUACGGAAUGGCAGUUAAAGUCACUAUCGUCCACAAUCACAACCAUAGUGACCGGUUACGUCGCAACAAUGCCAUUAUGAGAGCGCUGUCACCUGACGUUGGGCGACCUCGGCCUGCCCUCUCAUUGACCCCUGACCCGGAAGCCCCGGACCGUCUGCUCUUCCAUCCAAAUUGUGGCCAGAAGGCAGCCAUCAUUGGCGAUGGCAGGACUGCACUGCGACCUCAUGCCACAGAUGACUUUAAUCACGGAGUGGUGCUAAGCAACCGCCCGCUGCAUUCCAAUGAAGUGUUCCAGGUGCGCAUUGACAAAAUGGUGGAUAAAUGGGCUGGGUCCAUUGAGAUUGGAGUGACAACACAUAACCCUGCCUACCUGCAGCUACCCUCCACCAUGACCAACCUGCGCUCAGGGACGUGGAUGAUGACAGGCAAUGGAGUGAUGCACAAUGGAACGACAAUACUGGAUGAAUAUGGACACAACUUGGACCGACUAAAAGCUGGAGAUACUGUAGGCGUGGUGCGUAAGGACGAUGGUAGCCUUCAUUUCUUUGUGAAUGGAGUGCCUCAGGGGCCAGCAGCCUGGAACGUGCCACCCAGUGUGUAUGCUGUAGUCGACCUAUACGGACAGGCAGCCCAAGCAACCAUCAUGGAUGACAUGGCUGACCUCCCUCCUCUCCCAGAUGAUAGCUCCGAGGGACCAACGGCCAUGUCUCCUGGCAGCCCGUGUUCCAUUACAGGGGCCAGUGCAGCCAGUGACCUGCGCUUCCAUCAGCUGCAUGGCACUAAUGCGGUCAUCACAAAUGGUGGCCGCACGGCGCUCCGGCAGAACUGUCGCAGCGAGUUCAAUGAUGCCAUCGUCAUCUCCAACAGGUGCCUUCGCGAUGGAGAGUUGUUUGAGAUUGUGAUUCAGAAGAUGGUGGAUCGCUGGUCAGGCUCAAUAGAAGCAGGAGUGACUGCCAUCAGGCCAGAGGAGCUGGAAUUUCCCAACACUAUGACUGACAUCGACUAUGACACCUGGAUGCUGAGCGGCACAGCAAUCAUGCAGGAUGGGAACACCAUGCGGAAUAACUACGGCUGCGAUCUUGACUCUCUGAGCACAGGCUCCAGGAUUGGAAUGAUGCGGACAGCCUCAGGGGAUCUGCACUACUACAUAAAUGGAGUGGACCAGGGAGUGGCCUGUACUGGCCUGCCACCAGGUAAAGAGGUGUAUGCAGUGAUUGAUCUAUAUGGGCAGUGCGUGCAGGUGUCCAUCACUAGCUCAUCUGGCCCUCUGGACAAUAGCUUGUGCACAAGUAAUAUCACAGAGAAGAGUUUUCCUAUACACUCUCCAGGUAUGGCAGGAGUGGCUCAUCGACUGCACAACAAACAUGGGAAAAAUGUGGUGUUACUAGGAGAUGGUUGCCAGGCAGUCAGGGUGGGAGGUUACGCUCAUGGAAUUGUCUUCAGUGCAAAGGAACUUAAGACAGAUGAACUGUUUGAGGUAAAGAUAAAUGAGGUGGAUGAGCAAUGGUCUGGUUCACUUCGCAUUGGCUUGACAACCCUGCAGCCCCCUGACCUGCCCUCCUGCCCCCUUAGCGGCCUCUCGCCCUCCCUCACUCAGCUUCGGUCAAAAGUGACCUGGCUGCUUGCUGGUUCAGAGGUCAGACGCAAUGGCGUACUGCAGAGACAGAACUACGGCUGCUCGCUGGACCGCCUGACGGUAGGGAACCGUGUCGGUGUGAAGAGAUGCAGUGAUGAUACAAUGCAUAUCUUUAUUGACGGAGAGGAUAUGGGACCAGCAGCUACCGCUGUGGCUAAGAAUGUGUAUGCGGUGCUGGAUCUGUAUGGAAAGGUGACGGCCGUGUCAAUUGUCAGCUCCACGCUAGUAGAGGACACAGAGAGUGUAAAGGCUCCUUCACUCUCAUCCGACAGCUGCAGUGAGGGAGAGGAUGACUCCACACCGUGUGAAAACGAGCCUACCCUGGUGCCCAUGGCAAUGGCCUUUCUGGAAAAUCAUGGGAAGAAUAUCCAGCUGUCCAAUCAGAACCUGACUGCAGCCCGAGUGUCCAGCUAUAACCAGGGCCUGUUGGUCACAGCACAACCUCUACCCCGUCAGCAGCUUUUCCAGUUUCAGAUAGACAGGCUGAACUCAUCUUGGACGUCAUCUUUGUCGCUCGGUGUGAUCGGUCACUCUCCUGAUCGCCUCAACUUCCCCUCCACGGCCUGCUGCCUUAAACGCUCUGUCUGGCUGCUGCAGCGAGACUCUGUCUUCCACAACUCACUAAAGAUCUGUGAGAACUACGGGCCAAACUUGGACACGUGUCCUGAAGGGACAGUGCUAGGGCUUCUGGUGGAUGCUAAUGGCUGCCUCCACCUGUAUGUGAAUGGGAUGGAUCAGGGGGUGGCAGCCCAGGACAUCCCCAGCCCCUGCUACCCCCUUAUUGACCUUUAUGGACAGUGUGAACAGGUUACCAUAGUGACAAACCAUGUGCCGGCAGUGGGUGCAGAGAGUGGUGAUGUACGUUGCCAAGGUGACAUGGAGAAGGCUGACAUGGUAGAUGGAAUAAAAGAAAGUGUGUGUUGGACACCUCCUCCUGCAGUGAACCCCAAUAAGACAUGCGAGUACCAGGCGCUCUGCUCAAGAUUCAAAGACCUGCUCACACUGCCAGAUGGUUACUUCAAUGAGGAUGCCAAGUAUAACCUGUGCUACUGUGAGUCCUGCCACAAGCUACGUGGUGACGAGGCGUACUACAAGAGAGGCGAGCCACCCAGAGACUACGCCCUGCCAUUCGGCUGGUGCCGUUUUGCCUUGAGGAUCAAGCCACACUGUGAGGUAUCAAAUACUUUUAAGAAGUGGCACAUUGCGUAUCAUGGCACAAGUGUGGGUUCUCUUCGUCGUACGCUGGACCACAACCAGCUCCUGCCAGCAGAAUCGUCCUCUGUGUUUUCGGCAUCCCCUGUGAAGGCGGAGGGUCAUGGCAGCUAUGGAGAGCCGGAGGAGAACAGUGCCCCGGAGCGAGAGAUCCCUUGUGUUCGCCUCUCUCCCACCAUGCGCUACUCUGGCCUGGAGGUCUUUGCCCCUAAAGUGCAAUUCCGAGACCCACGCUCCCUGCGCUGUCACCAUGCCCAGGUGGGCUUCCAGGUGUGUGUGCGUCCAGGCUCCUACAAGGUGGGCCCACAGUCUCUGGGCAUCAGCGACCCGCUGGAUCAGAGGUUCAGCAACACAGAGAUCGAGUGGAUUACCAAGGAGAAAGGAGGCACCCUUCUCUAUGGCCUGCUCAUCCGUGUGGAGUGAGAAGAGAAUGGCAGACAGACAGAAAGAGAGAGAGAGUAUUUGCUCAAUCUUCCCCUGUAUGCACUCUGCAUAUCACCUCCCAACCCUCUUCAGAGCUUUCAUACCAGAGGAUGAAGUGUCAUUCUUUUGUUUUUGGGCUUUCCUCUCCCUUAAAGGUUUGUAUUUGUUGUGUUUUACUUGAGGUUGAUGGAUUUGGAGACACUUCCUGCACUUUAUGUUUUGGACACCGAUGGGUGAUUUUUUUAAAAAAAAAUUCUUAAUUUUCAUGAUGUUUGCCUCUUCAUUGGCCUGGUUUCUAGAUUGUAUGUUAUAGGUACUUCCUGUCACCGUCCUCUUAGACAGCACAGUAACCUAGAACAUGCAGUUUGGAGUACCCAGGAUUAGAGCUUCUCUCCUUCUCUCCUUCUCUCUGUCAGUCACUCCUUUUGCUACACAAGAGCCCUCACUCAUACCUGAAUUAAAGUCAGAUUGAGCAAACACAAAUCACCUCUUCAUAGCACAGCCCUGGAUCCUGUGAAAUUUUUUUAAAGACUUUUGCAAGGGACAAAUCAACCUGCAAACAGACACCUGAAA